CGCAUGUAAUGUGAAAGUAAGACAGUCUGGUUAGAGGAGAGCAAGGCUUCGAACUGAAAACAAGGCGUGUCUUCGUAUAUCCUGAGCGCAUGUGCAGUGAAAGUAGAAAUGUGACUUCUCGACUUGGAUCAUUGACAGUCUUUGAAAGGUGUGGCGAUCUUUAGAAAUGAAGACGUGUAACUAGGAGAAAACUGCACAUGGUAAGUUAGAGAUCGCCGUUGUUUUCAAAUUAAGCUAGUGAGCUGUGAGCAUUUGCAUUCACCAAGUAGCCCACACUGAACAAGAACAGGUGAAGGAUGUCUGACCGAGGCAUUCCAUUUAAGUACUUCUACUACAUCAAGCAGCAAGUCUGCGAUGAAUGGGAGGAUCUGGCCGGAUUUCUUGGCUUUGACCCCCCAGCAAUCAAAAACAUCAAGGGCAGAAACCCCGAUGACGCGUCUCGAUGCAGGGACCUCCUGGGGGAGUGGCAACGGCGGAAGGGAGACGAGGCGACUAUGGGAGUGGUGAUGGAGGCUCUAUCUGAUAUGGGCCUGGAUGGGGUUCUGGACGGACUCAAACAAAAAUACCCUGAGUUGAAAAAGGAGCCGAUGCCACAAUCCGGACCCAUAAAGAAGGCUAUGAGGGAAGCUGCAGGUACAUUUCUCGAUUGCCUAUCAGUAGAAAACUGUAAAAAUGAUAUAAUGUCAAUAUAAAUCGUCUUACUGUUCAGUUAUAUUCAAAUGACGAUAAGUGCUAUUUUAUAUAUUCAUCAUUUAUCAGUUGGGAAUAGAGCCGAUUUGCUGUCUUGUACAAAACGCAAGGAUUCCCUGGUAUAUGUUGGCAGUAUGACUAAUUGUCUGUACCCUGCCCUGUCAGGGCCAGCAGAAACACCUGGCGGCAGUG